AUGGCUACUACCACUUCUAAUAAAACAGCCUUUACAGCUUUGGCUGCUCGUGCAGCCAUCGCCUUCCUUGUUGCCCCCCUUGGUAUCUGCAGUGCAGAGCCAACCCAGGGUGACGAGCUUACAGUCAGGGGCUUGGCCGGAAGCGGCGAUCAAGCGCCUCUGCUCGGAUCGUUGCCAACGACUGCCGGCUACGUUGCCAAAGAUGGAGAGACUGGACGUCUACCCGCUCUUGGCUGGAAUUCAUGGAACGCCUUCUUCUGCGACAUCAACGAGGAGAAGUUCAUGGUAGCAGCAAAUCAGAUCGUCAAACUUGGGUUAAAGGAUGCUGGCUACACCUAUGUGAACAUCGACGACUGCUGGUCAAUCGGGGGAGACCAUCGUGACCCGGCAACACAACGUAUGGUCCCAGAUCCGUUUCGAUUCCCGAGCGGCAUCGCUAGUACCGCCAAAAAGGUCCAUGACCUGGGCCUGAAAAUUGGUAUUUAUAGCAGUGCCGGUACCCGCACGUGUGCUGGUUACCCAGCGAGUCUUGGCUACGAGAAGGUUGAUGCGGAAUCUUUCGCGGAUUGGGGAAUCGAUUAUUUGAAGUAUGACAACUGUAACGUACCCUCAGACUGGGCGGAUGAAUGCAGCUUUUGCAUUCCCGAUUCUGGCCAUUGGCCGCAUGGACCGUAUCCGAACGGUACCUGCCCUACCCUCCCCAACCAGUGUCCGCCUGACUACGAUUGGAAAAAAUCCAAAACCGCCGAACGCUACCGUUGUAUGCGCGAUGCCCUCGACGCCACCAAUCGUACCAUUCUAUACAGUCUUUGCGAAUGGGGAACCGCGGGCGUGCAAAAGUGGGGUAACGAAACUUCGAUGAGCUGGCGUGCCACUGGCGAUAUCACAUGGCCCGGACUUGAGGCGAAAUGGGAGCGGAUCGCUGAACUUCUUAACAUCUGUUCCUUCAACCUCGAUAAUACCGAUUUCUGGGGCCACUCGGACGCAGACAUGCUGGAGGUCGGCAACGGAGGUCUCACCCCAGCGGAGGCGCGCUCGCACUUCGCCCUGUGGGCCGCGAUGAAGUCACCCUUGCUCAUCGGCACGCAGCUGGACAAGAUCCCCGCCGAUGAUCUCGCAAUACUUAAGAACAGGUACCUUCUCGCUUUCAACCAGGACCCGAUCAUCGGGAAGCCCGCCACCCCCUACAAAUGGGGGACCAACCCCGACCACACGUUCAACGCGACGUACCCGGCCGAGUACUGGUCCGGCCAGUCCAAGGACGGGAUGCUGGUGCUGAUGGGGAACUGGGGCGCAAACCCGGCGAAACGGACCGCUGUGUGGGGCGAGGUCCCGGGCCUGGAUAAGGAUGCAAGCUACAGAGCGGUCGAUGUGUGGACCGGGAAGAGCCUUGGCUGUCACACGGGGGAAUACAGCGUCGACGUGAAACGACACGAUACGGCGGUGAUUUUUAUUACUGGGAAAUGUGCACAGCGGGUGGGACAGCAUCUGAGUGGGAAAAACUAG